GAGGGCAUUUCCCCUCUCACGCCGCGGCUGAUGCUUUUUGAGCCUGCUGAGCCGCCGUUGCCAGCUUUCUCUUGCCUCCUUUACAGCUUCGUCGGACGCGUUGCUCGCCUCCCGCUGCCAGGUUUCAAGAUGGCGGCUUCCAGCUGGGCUGUGAAGUCUGGGCUUUUCGCUUUUCGCUUGCCAACAAGACUUCGAAUGGGACGAACAUUUUCGCUUUCCAGUUCUGUGCUCCAGAAGACCCCGUGCUUGUUGUGGAAGCUGGGCCGCCUCAACCACGUGGCGAUCGCCGUGCCAGAUCUGGAAAAGGCCGCCUCUUUUUACAAGGAUGUGCUGGGAGCUCAAAUCAGCGAUCCCGUUCCCCUUCCCGACCACGGGGUUUACACAGUCUUUGUGGAGCUGGGAAACACAAAACUCGAACUCUUGCACCCACUGGGAGAGAAAAGCCCAAUUUCUGGAUUCUUGCAAAAAAACAAGGCAGGCGGGAUGCAUCAUAUCUGUAUCGAGGUGGACAAUAUUACAGAUGCUGUGGCGGAACUAAGAGAGAAGAAAAUCCGUAUAUUGAGCGAAGAACCCCAAAUAGGUGCCCACGGGAAACCGGUGGUCUUUCUCCAUCCGAAAGACUGUGAUGGAGUCCUGGUGGAACUUGAGCAAGCCUAAACUGGCUUCCUACAUGUAGGAAGAGUAAAGGAUCCACCACGAUCCAGGUGGGGUGUGGUGGUCCCCAUUUCGGGCAAGGCCUAUUUUGUAUU